AUGGAGCUAAAGUCCAGCAUCACCACCGCCUUUCUUCUAUUCCUCCUCCUUGUCACGCCUUACAUUUCAAGAGGAGGAUCGGAUGUGGCUGAUUCAGAAGUUUAUGAAAUUGAUUAUAGAGGACCAGAGACUCACUCGUCAGUUACGCCUCCUCCGGGUCACUCUCAUGGCAGGCCUUGGAUUCAUCAAGAUACUGUCAAGACAUCUCAUACACCCCAAGGUUUUAGAGGUGGUAACAACGGAGAACAAGUAAGACCAAGUAUAAUACCAAAGAACGAAGAGCUUAAGAUGAAGGUACGAUUAAGGCAAAGUAAUGAAGAGGUUGAUAAGAUGGCACAAGAGGCAUAUGGCCAACAAUCUCAAGGUGAGGAGGAAAUUAGAGAAGAAAAAUUCUACCAACGAAAAAAUGAUUUUGAAGCUGAAAUUUUUUAUGAUUCUAAUUUCUUUGUGGAUCAGAAUCAACUUCCAAAUUUGAUAAAGGUAAUUCCUCAAGAUAUAUACAGGAUACACUUUGGAACCUUAGUUUUUUUAUUGAAUGGCCGGAAUGACAUAAACUCUUUAAAGGAUCGACUACAAGCCCAUCCUAUCUUGAGUGAUCCUAACAGAGUAUUAUCACUAGGCUACCAUAGUUUUAUGACCAUCUAUGAGUAG